UUUUAUUUUUCUUUCCAGACGGCCACAGUUGAGCACAAAAAAUAACUUGAACCAGACGAGCUGUGGGUCAACACUUGCGCUAAUGCGCUCGUCUGAAGUGGAGGAACUGAAGACUUUUAUCUGAAGAGAUUCUAUCUUUUAUUUUAUAUUUUUUUUAAAAAAGGGAAGGGCUGUGCAAAGAGAAAAAAACAACCAUUUGGAAAUUAAGUUAUGCGUAAGUGAUUGCGCACUUUACGCACAGGGCGCACCAUGAAACUUUAAGAUGUUGGAUCACAUCGCCUUUGUUGUUGUUCACGUGCUAGGCUUCAUUUCCUUUGUUGAUGUCAGUUCUUCACAACUCACUGUAACCAUGUCUCGUGGCUAAACACUUUAAAGCGCAGACAAAACCUGAGGAGGUGAGACUGAGACAGCAUGGGGGCCAAACAGAGCACCCCGACAUUUGAUGGCAGAACUCGGGCUUAUUCCAGCUCCGAUCUCCCAUCUGGAAACUCCAGGAUCGCGGGGUUUAGGUACACCAAUGGACCAGAUGGUCCCCGGAUCCGUUACACUGGUGGAGGGCCAACCAGCUCCGGGCUCAGUAUACCGGCCGGCGGCAGGUCAGGGUCGCACGUUGUCAAUCAGAGCCUCGAUGGCACGGAUGGUGACGAGGAGGGCGAGCUGCCUCCUGAGGGCCACAGAUUGCUUAUCGGGUCCCUACCGGCUCACCUGUCCCCUCACCUGCUGGGAGGCUUCCACUGUCCUGUUUGCUCCAAGUUUAUGGCAUCGGAUGAAAUAGAGAAGCACCUGCUCAUGUGUUUCAGCAAAACGCGGCUCACCUACAACAAGGACAUCCUGUCCAGAGACUCUGGGGAAUGUGCCAUCUGUUUAGACGAGCUGGAGCAGGGAGACACCAUUGCCAGGCUGCCCUGCCUCUGCAUCUACCAUAAAGGGUGUAUAGACGAGUGGUUUCAGGUGAAUCGCUCGUGUCCAGAGCAUCCCUCCGACUAGGAGCUGCAGGAGUCCAGCUUUAAUCACUGUACAUUACUGCGGUCUACUGUGUACCCCGACCUCAUCCCAACACUGUCUGAUCCAGCCGAGCUUCAGCGCCCCUCAGGGAUUUUAAGACAUUAACGUGCACAGAACUUUUCAUAUUGCCUCAUGGAAAAGCGAUGGACUUUGGAUAUGUUUCCCUCGACGUCGCGGGACGUUCAAAGAACCACUGGUGGAGUCCUUUUGUCUCCAGAAGAUAUGUGAAUGUUCCUUAUGCCACCUGCUGGCUUAAAGUGGGCUCAUGCAACCUGGGAUCGGAACUGUUUUGCUGAACAAGGUGUGGUUUCAUAGCAGAGAGGACUUAUAUAAUCAACCUGGAGUGUUACGUGUCUUUUCAGCAGAGAUUUAGGUUGCGAGACUGUUCAGACUUGAUCAGAAGGCUGAAGGCUGAUGUUGUGCAAUGUGAAAAACAGCCAUUCAGAAUUUAAAAAAAUGCCUUUUUUCAGCUUUAAGGAAUGAUUACAGUGUUGAUGGUAGUUAGGAAACAGAUCUUUAUUUUAGUGUGAAAUUGGCAAAAAUCAUUUCUUGUUAAACAAUCAAGUGUCCUAGACCAAAUAGUCUAACGUGAAAUAGUUGGACUUUGUCAAUCACUUGUCAAUUCAGAACCACAAAGAUGUGAUUGUGUAGUUUCGUGUUGGAAUUAAAGAUAAAAGCUAAAACAUAUCUAAUGUUGAUUCAUAAGGAGUGCCAUAAUAUGCUGCUAUGUCAUAGACUGGAAUAUUUUCCUAUAACCUUUGAACGUUUGUUGUACUGUCUAUUUGUACUGUAAUGAAUUGCACAACAAUACAUGAUUUGUCUUUAUGUCUCUGUACUGCAUACGUACUAUUAAAUAUUUUAAUAAUUUAUAUGUAAUUGAAAUGAGUCAUCCCCCAAAGAGAUGCAUUUUUAAGACAAGAGGAAGAUUUUUUAAAUAGAUCUUUUUAAAGAAGUAUUUAUACCAUGGACGUAUCAUUUACACAGACUGGCAGUUUGCAGUUAUGAGACACGGUAUCAUCUACCAAAAAAUGUCUUCUAUAACACGAGACAAGACAGCAAAUGACUUAAGUUCUCAGCCGAGAAAGAGAAGUGGAGAUAAGUAAUGCCACAAGUGGGCAAGUAGAGACAUGAAUAAAGUGGAUCAUGUGUUCUUUCUGUGUGUUGCAAAAUGAGCAGUCUGAGGGAAUGUCUGCUUUUAAUUUACUUAAGGUGUUGCAGAGAUAAUACCUCUCUAUUUCUUUGACUAUAUUUGGUAAUAAAAGCGCAUGAGGGUGUGAGAGAAGGUAUUUUUCCUAACAGCAAAUGGGAAAGUCUGUCUACAGGGGGAAAACAUUGCAUUUGAAGGACAAUUAUAAUCUGAAAGUACUCUCUUAUUAUUUCCUUAUUACAUGUAUCCAGAUUGUAAACACACCGUCAGAGAGGUGUAAAAGAGAGUUCACGUCUCUAACUCACUUUAGCUAAUAUGUGUUUUAUGACUGAUAUGAUAAGAUGUUAAGGCCAUUUUAUUGAUUGGAGAAUUGUUGGAAACUUAUUUCAUUUCAUUUUACAUAAGUAAAAAAAACAAAAAAAAACACAAGUCUGUCUUUAUGCCAAUGUUAGUAAAACCAAAGUUGGUAAUAAAAACAUAAACAUCUUUUCACUUA